AAUGCCAAACUCUCUGUGAGUGGGAAGAGCAGAGCAGAUGCUGGAAUGAGAUGCCAAAGCAGCUCCCCUUUCCCCUGCGCUUUUGGGUGCCUAUAAAUUGCUCCAGCGCGCUCGUCAGCCUCCUCCUCUCCUGGCAGGUGGCACCCGGGCAGGAUCCCGCUCUCUUCUCCGGCUCCGGCUCCGGCUCGGGCUCCGGCUCCGGCGCGGCGCGGCGGUGCGUUGCGGGCUCUCGGCGGCGGGCAGCGGGGCGGCGGCGGGGCGGCCGGGAGGAGCGUCCCCGCUGAGGACUGUCGUCUCUGCGAGGGGAGGAAAAAGAGGAGAGAGCGAGCGAGCGAGCGAGGAGGCGAGCGGGGCGAUCGCGAGAGGAAAGGCAAGUUCCAGGGAAAGUUGACUCAGACUGGUACAGCCUGCAAAAAAAAAAAAGUCGAUCGCCAGCGGGAGCAUAAAAGUGCGGGCGGCCGGGGCGCGGCGGCAGCUCUCCCUCCCCUCCUCUGCUCUCCUCUGCUCUCCCUCCCGCCCCGCGGCCGCAGCGGCCGCAGCGGAGCCGCGACCCGCGGGAGCCCCCGCCGCCACCGGCAGCGGGAGGGCGGCGAAGCCCCAGGGGAGCCGAGCUCGGGCGGGCUCGGCUGUUUUUCGGCUCUGAGGAGGUCCCCGGCCAACCAUCAAGAUUUUGUCCAAAAGCAGGCAAGAGGAUCGCCCUGCGCUGAGCCGGCUGGUGGGCAGCAGGCGGCGGCUGAUCGCGGCCGGCGCGCUGGGGGUGGUGAUGGUGCUGCUGCUGGUCAUCCUCAUCCCGGUGCUGGUCAGCUCAGCCGGCACCUCGGCGCACUACGAGAUGCUGGGCACCUGCCGCAUGGUCUGCGACCCCUACGGCGGCACCAAGGCGCCCAGCACGGCGGCCACGCCCGACCGCGGCCUCAUGCAGUCCCUGCCCACCUUCAUCCAGGGGCCCAAGGGGGAGGCCGGACGGCCGGGCAAAGCGGGGCCCCGCGGUCCCCCGGGAGAGCCGGGGCCGCCCGGCCCGGUGGGGCCGCCGGGUGAGAAGGGCGAGCCGGGGCGGCAGGGCCUGCCGGGCCCCCCCGGGGCGCCGGGGCUGAACGCGGCGGGGGCCAUCAGCGCCGCCACCUACAGCACCGUGCCCAAGAUCGCCUUCUACGCCGGCCUCAAGCGGCAGCACGAGGGCUACGAGGUGCUCAAGUUCGACGACGUGGUCACCAACCUGGGCAACCACUACGACCCCACCACCGGCAAGUUCACCUGCUCCAUCCCCGGCAUCUACUUCUUCACCUACCAUGUGCUCAUGAGGGGCGGUGACGGCACGAGCAUGUGGGCCGACCUCUGCAAGAACAACCAGGUUCGAGCUAGUGCGAUUGCUCAGGAUGCCGAUUCAGAACUACGACUACGCCAGUAACAGUGUGUUCUUCAUUUGGAGCCAGGAGACGAAGUUUACAUUAAAUUAGAUGGAGGAAAAGCACAUGGAGGAAACAACAACAAAUACAGCAAUUUUCUGGAUUUAUUAUUUAUGCCGACUGAUAAUGAGUAAAACAGACCCACCAAACCAGUCCAGAAAUGAAGCUUGCUCUUCUAAGCAAUGGAUUUGCGUGCAAAAGUCAAUGAAACAAGCACCCCAGCAGAGCGCGACCAUCAACACCUCAGUAGCGGGGGGAAAAAGUCGAAUGCUACCUGAUUCAACAUCCUGUACAACACAGAGAAACAUUAUGUUAAAAAAUUACAAACAAGUUAAACAGAUGUGCAAUCCACUACCGCCAAAGCGAAUACUUCCUCAUUGUCCAGUGUCCAUGUGAAUGAAGUCCUACAUAGAGCAAAUUUUUAUAGAAAAAUAAACCACCACCUAAGACGCUGAGGUAUUUUUUCAGUGUAAUAUGAUACUUUGAUGUGUUAUGAUCUUGCUGCUUUAUCCAUACUUCAGCUUUGGUUCUUGUGACUUACUUGCUAACAAUGAUGCUUGGAGUCCACUCAUAGUGUGAUGAGGAAUGAUUUUCCAAUAAAAGGAAGGGGUAAUCAAAAUAUACUUUCUCUCUCCAAAGGA